AUGAAAUCUUUAUAACUGUAUUACACAAAUCUCAAACAAACCCACUGAAGCAUUUCAUCAAACACUUCAUCUUCUCUUCUCUGCAUUCAUCCCCUUCUCUCUGGGGUGUUCGCAAAUUCCUCUCUUCCAAAAACAUUAAAAAAAUGGAGCGCGCGAGAAAAUUGGCGAACAGAGCAAUUCUCCGGCGGCUGUUUUCGGAAUCCAAGCAGCAGCCACUCUACAAAUCCUCAAGGUACGUCUCCUCGUUAUCUCCGAGCGCCGUACAGCAGCAGGGGAGGACCACCAAUUCCAAAACCCUAUCGCAAUUCCUCGGCGCCCGAUCCAUCUCCGUUGCCGCCCUGAAGCCCAGCGACACCUUCCCCCGCCGCCACAACUCCGCCACGCCGGAGGACCAGUCCAAGAUGGCGGAAUUCGUCGGCUUCAAAACCCUAGACGAGCUAAUCGACGCCACCGUCCCCAAAUCCAUCCGCAUCGACAAAAUGGAUCUCCCCAUUUUCGGCGAAGGCCUCACCGAAGCACAGAUGCUCUCCCACAUGUCCGAUUUAGCCUCCAAAAACAAGGUCUUCAAAUCCUACAUUGGCAUGGGUUACUACAACACGUACGUGCCACCUGUCAUCCUGCGAAACAUCAUGGAGAAUCCAGGGUGGUACACACAGUACACACCGUACCAGGCCGAGAUUUCACAGGGCAGGCUCGAAUCCCUGCUCAACUACCAAACCAUGAUCACAGAUCUCACCGCCUUGCCCAUGUCGAACGCCUCGCUCCUCGACGAAGGCACAGCCGCCGCCGAAGCCAUGGCCAUGUGCAACAACAUCCUUAAAGGCAAGAAGAAGACAUUCAUCAUAGCAAGCAACUGCCACCCGCAGACAAUCGACAUCUGCAAAACCCGAGCGGACGGAUUCGAUCUCAAAGUAGUUGUAUCCGAUGUUAAGGACAUCGAUUACAAAUCGGGCGAUGUUUGUGGCGUUUUAGUGCAGUACCCUGGUACAGAGGGUGAGGUUUUGGACUACGGCGAGUUCAUCAAGAACGCUCAUGCUAAUGGUGUGAAGGUGGUGAUGGCUUCGGAUUUGUUGGCCUUGACGAUGCUGAAGCCACCUGGCGAAUUGGGGGCGGAUAUUGUGGUGGGGUCCGCGCAGAGGUUCGGUGUUCCUAUGGGGUAUGGGGGCCCGCAUGCUGCUUUCUUGGCUACUUCACAGGAGUAUAAGAGGAUGAUGCCUGGGAGGAUUAUUGGUAUGAGUGUUGAUUCAUCGGGGAAGCCAGCUCUUCGUAUGGCGAUGCAGACGAGGGAGCAGCAUAUUCGUAGGGAUAAGGCGACUAGCAACAUUUGUACUGCUCAGGCGUUGCUUGCAAACAUGGCUGCCAUGUAUGCUGUUUAUCACGGACCGGAAGGGCUUAAAACCAUAGCCCAAAGGGUACAUGGUUUGGCUGGAACAUUAUCCGUUGGAUUAAAAAAGCUCGGCACCGUAGAAGUUCAAAGCCUUCCUUUCUUCGACACUGUGAAAAUCAAAUGCGGAGACUCAAAAGCUAUUGCAGAUGUUGCUAACAAACCACGGAAUCAACUUGCGUAUGUCGACAAGAAUACCAUAACUGUUGCUUUCGAUGAAACCACCACUUUGGAAGACGUGGACAAGCUUUUCGAAGUCUUUGCAGGUGGUAAGCCGGUGACAUUUACUGCUGAAUCUCUUGCAUCGGAGGUUGAAAGUUUGAUUCCUUCGGGACUCGUGAGGGAGAGCCCGUAUCUGACUCACCAAAUAUUCAACUCGUUCCACACCGAGCAUGAGCUUCUUAGGUACAUUUCCAAGCUUCAAUCGAAGGAUCUUUCUUUGUGCCACAGUAUGAUUCCAUUGGGAUCUUGUACGAUGAAGUUGAAUGCCACAACAGAAAUGAUGCCGGUGACAUGGCCCGCUUUUGCAGAUAUUCACCCUUUUGCCCCUACUGAACAAGCUGCUGGCUUUCAGGAAAUGUUCAAGAACUUGGGUGAUAUGUUGUGUACUAUCACUGGCUUCGAUUCUUUCUCUCUUCAACCAAAUGCUGGUGCUGCUGGAGAAUAUGCUGGGCUUAUGGUUAUUCGAGCGUAUCACAUGUCGAGAGGGGACCACCACCGAAAUGUAUGCAUUAUUCCAGUCUCGGCACACGGAACAAACCCCGCAAGUGCUGCUAUGUGUGGGAUGAAAAUUGUGGCUGUUGGAACGGAUGCAAAGGGAAAUAUUAACAUUGCGGAGUUGAAGAAGGCUGCAGAAGCAAAUAAGGACAACUUAUCCGCACUUAUGGUUACGUAUCCAUCGACUCACGGAGUUUAUGAGGAGGGGAUUGAUGAGAUCUGCAAAAUAAUUCACGACAAUGGUGGACAAGUUUACAUGGAUGGAGCUAACAUGAAUGCUCAGGUUGGUCUGACAAGCCCAGGAUUUAUCGGAGCAGAUGUAUGCCAUCUCAAUCUCCACAAAACAUUCUGUAUUCCACACGGCGGAGGUGGGCCCGGUAUGGGACCAAUUGGUGUGAAGAAACAUCUUGCACCAUUUCUACCAUCACAUCCCGUGGUGUCCACUGGAGGAAUACCCGCACCUGAAAAUGCCGAACCCCUCGGUACUAUUUCUGCUGCACCGUGGGGCUCCGCUCUCAUUUUGCCUAUUUCAUAUACCUACAUAGCUAUGAUGGGGUCAAAGGGAUUAACCGAUGCUUCCAAGAUUGCUAUCUUGAAUGCAAAUUAUAUGGCCAAGCGUUUGGAGAAGCAUUACCCGGUUCUUUUCUGGGGUGUGAACGGGACAUGCGCCCAUGAGUUCAUCAUAGAUUUGAGAGGGUUUAAGACUACUGCUGGAAUCGAGGCUGAAGACGUGGCAAAGCGUCUAAUGGACUAUGGAUUUCACGGGCCCACCAUGUCAUGGCCCGUUCCUGGUACUCUUAUGAUCGAACCAACUGAAAGUGAAAGCAAGGCGGAGCUAGACAGGUUUUGUGAUGCACUUAUAUCUAUCAGAGAAGAAAUUUCAUUGAUCGAGAACGGCAAAGCCGACAUCAACAACAAUGUUCUCAAGGGUGCUCCUCAUCCACCAUCGCUCCUUAUGGCUGAUGCUUGGACAAAACCGUAUUCUCGGGAAUAUGCCGCUUACCCUGCUGCUUGGCUCAAGACCGCCAAGUUCUGGCCUACCACAGGGCGUGUUGACAAUGUGUAUGGAGAUCGCAACCUGAUCUGCACCCUCCUCUCGGUGUCUCAGAUGGCUGAGGAGGCGGCUGCCGCCACCGCGUGAGAGAACUCUGGCCGUUUAUUCGCAAAAUGGUGAUUGAUGCAAGUAGUGCCUUUUCGCUUCAUCUUGUUGUACAUAAAACAUAAGAAAGUAUUUUAUGUUCCACAAGUACUUUGUUCUUUUUUUUUUUUUCUAUUUUUUAAAACGCGAUUUACUCUUAUUAUUUAUAUCUUCUUUCCCGCCAUUUGAAUUAUGAAUGAUGAAAUGAUGAUCGCGAAAUAACCCAUUGUUGCUGAUUGCAACUUGGCCACUUUA